AUGCCUUCCGCGUGCAGACACGCGUCGUACACGCAUCUGCGAGAGCCCACCGCCACGCACGUGUGCCGUGUCCCCCCACCCGCAGUAGCAGCUGCUGCGCUGCCCACGAAAGUCAGGGAGCAGCGCUAUACUCCCCAGUCCCACUGAACCUCAGGGCGCUUACUUCCGAGUAAACACGCGUAGGAUUGCAUUGCGCGGGACUGGCUUGUGUUUGGCCCGGAUACGCCGGAACCCAACAGCUUGGCAGGAAAUGCCCUUUGGAAUAAAUGCACCCCCCCCCAUUACGAAGAGGGUUGCGAAAUUGUUGCACGUGUCAAUGGAAUCGCAGCGGAAAUUCCGACAGAUCGCGGGAGUUUUUGUGCAAUUCCCCCCCUUUAUGAAGGGGAGUUGGCAUCAGCGCAGUAAAAGAUUGCACAACAGAACAGUAACAUGGGCUAGCCCGAGAAAAAAAAGCAGGCUCUCCUCCCCCCCUCCUAAUGCGUGAGUCAUCUCACGUUAAUUUAGAAAAAGUAUAGAAAUAGCACGUUAAAGAGCAAAUGCAUUCUCAGGAAGUUGUUGGCAUCGUUGUUUCCAGAGUAGCUUCCAAAUGAGACGGGGGCGGAGAGGGGCAUCGCGUGUGUGCGAAAUACAGCAAAACCGGAUUCAAGUCAUCAUUGAUGGUAAAGCAAUGGCUUUUCUCUGCCUUUUAGCAAAGAGAACACGUGGACGUCUGAAACAGUGUGACGCAAUAACCCCAGAGAGUUCAGCGAGGCCCAGGGGACGAGUGUAGAAACGACGGCGCGGGGGUGGCUUGCACAACAGAGAGCGGCAGGAUCGACAGUGGGAAUUCCUCUGCUGCUUGCCAAAGACAAAAUGUGCUGCAACGGUUUCCCGAAAGCGCUGGGAUAGGAAAGGAAGGAGGCCGUCCGUUUUCGUCACACACCGCAUCUAUUCAGGAGACGCGCCUCAAAUGUAAACAGGAGCCGUCAGAACAGAACACAGGCCCAUUCAGCAGACGGGUGGGGCAAGCACGGCAGGAAUGGUUUCCACGUUUUGAAGUAAGUGAAGUAAUGUGCUUUUAAGUCCAGAGUCUUAACAUGCCCUAACCACACCACUGAAUUUUGAAAUGCCACGCAGUUGCUCCUGUUUUUUCUGAACAAUAUUUAUGGUGCUGGUGUCCAGAAAAGCACCUCCAUUCCCAAGCCCGAUAGUUACCAACUUCAGAGCCUGCUGGAAUUAAUAAGACCAUUUUCACAAGUAAUAUGGUUUCCCUACAUGUCUAUUCAGAAGCCUGUCCCAUUGACUUCAGUGGUAAGUGGGCACAGGAAAGUAGCCAAAAUUGCUUGCUCCUGUUUUAUUUAUUGAGCUUUAUAGCCUAUUCAAGGUUUGAAGGGGUAACAGCCUACUACAGAAAUCUGAUAAAUUAUUUCUGUGCAUCUGCAUUUGGAAAUAAGAUGACACACACACAGAGUUUGCUUUGCUGAAUGCGUUCAUAGGAUUACUGCCUCACUGUCACUAUUAGAUGAAGUAUUUAAUAAUCAUGCCAGUUAAUCUUCCCAUGGUCAUUCUUAGGUAGCCAAAAUGGAAGGGAGGGGGUUUAACCCUGAGGUAUGCAUAAGUACAAAAAUAAUCUGCAGCCCCAUGAUAACCAACCAACACAGAAUAUUGAGUGGUUGAGAGGUCAAUUCCUGGUUCACAUUGGGAUGCUAUUUUUCACUGACACCCCUCCCCCGAAGGCAAUACUCAGAAAAAUGAGUGGGGAAAUCCUAAAUGGUAACGUAGCUGGUAUUAGGCACCAAUGUGUUUAUCCCUGUCACCAAGAAAACUAGAGAGGUGUUUAACUCUGCUCUAACAGAGUUAUUAGUGUGAAACAUUUGAAAAAUAACCCUGGUAAUGCAAAUUCCUAAGGAAAUGCAGUUCAUUGUUCUCCAAUUGCAGGUUAGAAGGGGUUGUAGUGGAGAGAAGUUAAGGUAGUCCUGCAGUGUUGUCCAAACACUUUAGGACGUGCAAGUUGGGCUAAAACAGUAGCUUGCACUUCUGCCAGGUUAUCCAUUGCUUUUAUCCCCAUAUUAAAAGUUAGAGAAUUGUAUUAAACAAUUCUGCUGUGUAGUUCACAGUUAUACCUCUGCGGUAGGUAGGAGAGCUCUUCUGAGAGCAGGGAUUCCUGUCUUUGAGCUAGCUUUUUUUUAACAACAACAACUUUUCCCAUCCACAUCAGCCAUAGCCUCAGAUAACACACACAAAUGCAUGGGAUACACUGUGACAUUUUGUUACAGGGCUUCACUUGUUCCCUCGGCUUCUGAAGUUCCUUCAUGGAAAUGCUUGCUACGGUAUAUACAAUCUUCAUAA